AUGGAAGCUCAUCGAUCCCUCGCAGGAAUAUUAAAGAGAAAACCCCUCGGAGAUUGCACCAACACCGUCUCCAAAACCACCCAACAGACAUCUUCUUCCUCCUCAACACUCGUCAAAUUCGCGAAUCCGAAUCUCACUUCCUCUCUUAAGAAACUAUUAGAUCAGACUUCUCCCAAGGAGACACUCGAAGAUGUCAAUAACUCAAAGGCUGCUGGUCUCGUCGUAACCGCUUCCACGAGCGUUAGGCCCGUAACUCACCGUAUCUCCAACGAUCUAGGUUUUCAGGCACCAAAGCCUUCUCGUCGCCGGAAAUCGCGAUCAGGCGUUGUUGCUGAGUCUUACACGGUUGUUAGAAGGAAGGCUUCUGGGGAGAAACGGAACAAAGACGCAUCUUCCUCUAGUGUACUGGCUCGCCUUCGUCUUGAUAAUGCUGGGAAGAAAAGACAUCAAGCAGAUAAAAAUAAACCCAAGCCCUCAAAAGUUGCUCCCAAAAAGAGGCAGAGAACGGUAAAGCAUGAGGAAGAUAAUGUGUCUAAUGGAGUUUCUCAGGAUUAUAUCGAGAAGCAGAGAGCUUACUUUGCAGAGGUCGAUGCAUUUGAGCUGGCAGAAGAAGAGGUAUCUAGUAGCGACUUAGACUAA